GCGGUUCCCUAAUUUGUGCAAUCUGGAGAAAAGUAGCAAAACCUAAAAUUUAUAUACCAUAUCUCGAUUUAUGAGUGUCAUCCUUGUGCAGGGGCGGCCUAAUUACUAUCUAAGUGCGAGAAAAGAAAAAAAUUGCAACUUGCGAUUUUAAUGAUAACAGAGUACAGGGAUCCACGGCAAUGUGAGUUGACAUACAACUCAUCUCUCACGCCAUCACUCAUUUCUGUGUAUCCAACAGAAGGGACAGAUGGCACAGCAUUCAAAAUAACUGGAAAGAGAUUUACAGAUAAUGUCACAAUGGUCGAGGUUCUCAUUGGUGGUGUUCUUGCAGAGGUGAUUAGCACGAAUGUUACCACCAUUUCUGCAGUUGCAAGACCCGGUAUGAAAUCAGGACCCUCUGAUGUGGAAGUCUUCAUUCUGGGUGCUGGGAAGGCCAUUGCAAACGCCACAGCUGCGAGGGUUCUGAUCAAGACACUCAAGGUGACGUCAGCAAGUCCGGCAUUUGUUGUUCUGCAAGGACGUACACUGGUCACUGUAUUAGGGAGUGGUUUCAGGACCGAGUCAGCUAAACUCAGUGUGCGGUUUGGCACAGGUACAUCGCUUGAUCGUGCUGAAGUUCUCCAGUCCAGCAUCACCGAUACUUCAUUCAUCUGUGUCUCUCCUCCUGGCAUUGAGUCAUAUCUGGAUAGUGCACCAGUUGACAUUCAUGUUUACCUUGACUUUGGAAACAGCACGGAGUCUGUAACUCUUUCAGCAGCCGCAACAUACAUAGAUCCAAUGACAAGUGAGCUGGAUUAUGUAGUUCCUUUGAUCACCAGCGUGAGUCCCAGUGAAGCACAAGCCGCAAGAACAGGAGAGCUGCUGAUUGAAGGAUGGUUUCCAGGCUACUAUGUUGUUGAAAAGAAGUAUGAUGAUGUCAUUGUGCAUAUUGGGGAUGAUUCUACUGCUUGUGUCGUGAUCUCAAUGACAGUGGAGGAAAUAGUUUGUCAGUACUUCACAUUGACGACGGGGGAUCACCGUGUCACUGUUUCCCUCUCCGGAAAUGGAUCCACAAUUACUGCAGAUCCUGUGAUCAGAGUUUUUUAUGGUAUAUUCUCCAUCUCUCCACAGCAAGGAAGCAUGGCCGGUGGAACCCUUGUUACAAUUAAAGGCGAAGGGUUUGUUCCUUCUGCUGAUCCGGACUGGGCAAACGUAGUUUUCAUGGAAGUCCCUAAGAGCUCAAUGAAUCCAAAUGGUGUUGUUGCCUGCAACGUUGAGAAUGCCAGCUCCAGUGAGAUUCUCUGCAGAACAGAGGGUCAUUGUUGGACAGAUGAAAGCCCCACUCUAUUCACCACGCCAUCAUGUGAUUUCUCUGCCACUAGUCCUUCACGAGUUUAUCUGACCACCUGCAAGAAAAACCUUUCACACUGGGAGAAUUUGAGAUGCUGGGGCUCAGAUUGGAGAACAGUGUUUGCACCCUGCAUUGAUGCGGACACGAAGCAGGAGGUUGAAGGUGGAUCGCCCUGCCUAUAUGAGUUCUCUGCAGAGGACAUCAUGCGAAUGAGGGUGGCGAUAUUGGUGGCAAUGGCGGACUCAGAUCUUUGUUCGCUCGUAAGUUCUCGGGCGAGGCUGUCAACAGACUGGGUGUUGAUGGCGGUCAUAUUGAUGCUGGAGGAUUGGGCCAUGUUGGGGGAAGAUGGAGUGGAUGCAGUGGCUGAGGUGACGGCUGCGGAUGAGGUGGAGGCAGAUGCGGCGACAGCGACGGCUGCGCGCUGAGAGUUCUUGCUUUGGCGUGGCCUGCGGAGAUUUGGGGUGGAGGGGGGUGGGGGUGGGAAGGGUAUUCACAACAUUAAUUGAUGUAUUCAAAAAUAAAGGUAUUUUCCAAAACAAUAAAUGAAUAAAAUGGGAAUUA